AUGAAUAAUAUAUUAACUGUUUUUACUUCUAAAAUCUGUGGUUUUAAAUGGGGUGUCUGUAAUUUUUACUCUCCUUGUGGGUAUAAUAAAAGGGCUGAGUUUUGGAGGGAUUUGGAGGAGGUGAGUAUUUGGUGGAGUGGUCCAAUUUGCUUUGCUGGGGAUAUGAAUGCAGUGAGAAGUGAAAAUGAAAGAAAUAGAGAUUUGGAUUUAUUGAUUCCUGAGUCUAUUCAGAUUGCAUUAACUAGGGUCAUUUAUGAUCAUAAACCUAUCAUGUUGAUGUCUAAGCCUAAUAUCAAGUGUAAGCCUUACUUCGAAUUUGAGAAUGGUUGGUUACUUCACAAAGAUUUUCUUAAGAAAAUGGAGGAAUGGUGGGGGGAAAUGGUGUACACAGAUCAGAUGGAAGAAACUUUGCUUUUGACUGAUGAGCAGUUUGAAGAAAGAAUGAAAUGUUUGGUGAAAUUGAAGACUUUAAAAGAUAUGGAGGCUAGAAAAUGGCAUGUGAGAGCAAAACAAAACAAUUUUAGAUGGGGGGAUUCUAAUACAGCUUACUUUCAUAGAAUUGCCAAUACAAGAAAGAAGAGAAACACAAUUGCAAAGCUUGAGAUUGAUGGGAUUGAACGUUUUCAUCAGGGAAGUAUUAAACUGGAAAUGAGGAAUUUUUAUGAAGAAUUGUUUACUGAGAACAGGCCAGAUGGCUUCUCUAUGGAGUUUUACAGGCAUUGUUGGAAGAUUAUAAAGAAAGAUUUCACGGGUUUGAUGGAGGAAUUUAGUAGAAAUGGUACUUGGGAUUGGAGAUUGAAUUGCUCCUUCAUUACAUUAAUUCUUAAGAAAGAAGAUUCAUGUACUCCAAAGGAUUAUAGGCCUCUAAGCUUGCUUGGCAGUGCUUAUAAAAUUUUAUCAAAAGUUUUGGAAAAUAGAUUGAAGAAGGUGAUGCAUAAUUUGGUCUCAGACUGUCAAGGUGCAUUUAUUAAGAAGAAGCAAAUCUUGGAUGGUGUUUUGAUUGCAGGUGAGUGCAUUGAUAGUAGGCUUAAGAGUAAGAUUCCUUGUGUUCUUUGUAAAAUAGAUAUGGAAAAAGUUUUUGAUCAUGUGAAGUGGAGGUCUUUAUUGAUGAUUCUUGAGAAGCAUGGUAUUGGGAGGAAGUGGAUUUCUUGGAUGAAGUGGUGCAUUUUUCUUCAAACAUUUCAGUUCUAG